AUGACCAACGUAGUUCUGAACCUGUACAAGGAGGAGUGGUAUGCAAAAAUGGUCAAGGCCACGCUCAUCCAACACACGCGGUCGAGCGCGCGCUGCCUGCGAUGGAGGUGUGUGUGUGUGUGUGUGUGUGUGUGUGUGUGUGUGUGUGUGUGUGUGUGUGUGUGUGUGUGUGUGUGUGUGUGUGUGUAUGUGUGUGGUGGUGGUGAUGGCUGGCUGAAUGGGGCCUCGGCUGGGUGUGGUCUAGAAUGUCAAGUGCUUGAGUACAACAAGUGGGCAAGACGGUGCACGGCUGGUCUCAGAGGAGGCACUGUCGACGAUGGCGAUGGAUCCAGAAACAACAGCGACACGAACGCCGCAGACCAUGCUGCCGCUUUUGCUGUCGUAUCGACGAUUGUUUCCGGCCUUUCGCGUUAUGGACCUCAGCCCCUGGCUCCGUCCUCUGUUCAUCCUUCUGCUUGUGCCUAUCUGGAGCGCUUACAGGAAAAUGCCAAGUUCUUUAGCCACCUCUCGACGACCGAGCGAGAGACUGCCAUGUGGUCAGAGCAGUCCAUGUACUAUUCGUAUUUCAAGCGCAGCGUGACGAUGUUCCGGGACGGCUCUUCCUGGGCGCAGGUUGCACAGGACACCUUGGUUCUGCCUUUUCUCAUGCCAUCGCGCUUCUUUGGCCUUGUUCACAUCGUCAUUAUGCGCCAUCCCGCCGCCCAGUCUUAUGAGGAGGUCGCCUCGCCCGUGUGCACAACUGGGUUGAUCUUUCCUUUCUACAUCACAAAUGCACAGUUGCUUGCGACCUUGGGAGCCGUUGUGGCCAUGUAUCAGCAAGAGUCUUUGGUCGUCAGCCCGUAUCUCUUGACUCUCCUCGCAUUGCCCUUUGCGGUAUUGCUGGAGCGUUUUGUGGACGCAAAUCAGAUGUCGGGCCGCUUCCUGCUUGUGGUUGUGCUCGGACUGGCGGUGGUUCUCGGCAAGCUGGGCAUUCAAUUCAUGACCAACUUGGGUGCUGAUGAAUAUACGACGCUGACAAAAACUUGCCUUCUGCCUGCCGCGGGACUUGUGGUGACGGCGGUGGGCUUGCUGAUGUUGCAAACACCGCCAUCGGAUCGCUCUCGGAGCAACACAUCCAUCGUCUACUUGACGAUGCAGACCAUCGCAUAUAGCUUGCUUGCCGUAUUAGUGAUGCGGCUCAAGGCACUCAUGACUCCUUUCUUGAUUGUUAUGGCAAGCCUGCUGGGUUCAGUGACGUUUUUUGCUCCUCUCUUGCGGUUGCUGCGGAUCAAGAGGGACCAUGUUGUCAUCUUUGUGCACGCCCUCUUCUUGGUGACACUGGUUGCAGUGGCAAGCCAGGCGGGUCUAGCCAAUGUGUAUCAAAAUGUGACCCACAAAGGGGAAUUCCAACACCCCCAUCUCACCGAGUUGGUGGAGCACGUUCAAAAGCACCUCAAGCCUGAGAUGACGAUCCUGGCUGGCCCCAUGUCGGUGCUACCCAUCCUGCAUAGUACGGCUGGUAUUCGGACGGUUAACCACCCACAUUAUGAGAAUGCCGAGCUGCGACGGCGCACACAUUUACUUUAUCAGAUGCUAGCUCUUCGGAGUGAUUCAGAAAUGCACACGGCUGUUGCACAAUAUGGCGCAACCCAUCUCCUUCUGCAUAGGGACCAUUGUGCCGCAGGUACCAGCUCGGGCGCGUGUGGUGUCCAAUCCUAUUACACUCCAAGUUUGGGCGUGACUGAACCGUUUUGUGUGCGCUGGCUGCGCCGGCAACAAGCAAAUGGUUUUUUUCGCAUCGCCUUUCGCAACGAGCACUUCACGGAUCCGGUCACUUCGCUCAUGCAGUGCAUAGCUGGAGCCCAGGAUGCUUCCAGCCCGCCCAUCUGGUCUGGUGACCAUUUGCCUUUUGGUGAAGAGAACGCUGACUUGCCGCCUUUCCUCAGCUUUCCUUUUGAGAAUGACGAUUUGGCGGACACCUUACUAUCCGAGCAAGACAUGUUACAAGCGACUCUGGAGCCACCGCAGCUUAAUUAUCAGGGAGUGCGCAACUCUGACAUUGUGCCCAGCCAACAUCAACUGGGCAACGAAUCAGCUGAUGCCAGCCGUCUUUUCUACCCCGCCUCUCCCACUUUGCCACCGCAAUUGACCACGCCAUCACCCAAGGAUACGCUGGCGAGUGAGAGUCCUUCCACGUUUGAGGGGGCUGCGUGCCUCCAGGCCAGGCUGCCCUGCACAAUUCGCACCGCCGCCAAUGCGGGCAUGCACGUGGGAACGACCUUGACAGAUGGCGCUGGCACCGUGUCAGCCGAAGCCAACAGUGGGACCACCAGCUCACGGGGCAUUUGCCGAGAGUUGCAGGCUGCUGCAGUGCCCGCUAGGCGAAGACUUGCAAAGCGUUCUUGGGUUGACAAAAACGAGACGGCAGCAGUUGCAAUGCCAAAGCCCUGUAGGUCGCUUCUCACGCGAUGUCGGCAUGAAGAGCCCGUGCUUCAAGUUCCAGACAACAUUCAGAUAACUCGCAGUUUUGUGGUGCGGGUCAACCUUCCUGCACAUCUCCCAACAGACUUGGAGGUGAUGGGGUUCAGCGCGAAUGGCCAACGAACGCAUGCCAUGCCCCUGGAAUCAUUGGUGAUUUUGCUCUCCAGCCCAGCGCUCGCUCACGAAGUGUACUACUUGCAACUCGGCGCCAUUUAUGAGGCCGAGUCUGAGUCCCCUCCUCGCACUCGGAGUAAGGGCCGGGUGGAGAAGCACAAAGUGGCUGCUCGCACCACCGACCCACAGGAGGAAGUGGAUACACACAUUUGGCACAUUGCAAACACACACGCCGCAAGGCACGAAACCGCUGCACACAAAUUCUCUUUAUCCGUGCAAACCAUCAAUGACUGGCUGGUGUGGUUGUAG